UUGCGUCUUGACGCGCCGUCAGUGAGGGAAGUUUUGGGGCUUGAGAAACAGUUCCGUUUGGGAAGGCGCCGUACAUUGUAUCAAAUGCAGGAUUUUGUGUAGACACAAUGUAUCUUCUGCAGCGUGUCUGCGGAACAUCAUGCACUGGAGAAGCCACGUGUCUGGCCUCGCGUUCAGCUUCGUUUUCACCGUGUCAUAUUUCACGAAUAAGUUUGUCCUGUCCGUGUUGAAAUUCACCUAUCCGACUUUAUUUCAAGGAUGGCAGACAUUUAUUGGAGCCGCCCUGCUUCUGCUCUCUGGAAAGCUGGGCUGGGUGGAGAUGAGCCGCAUCCCCAGAUCCGCUGCUCUCUCCUGGCUUCCGGGCUCAUUCCUUUUUGUGGGAAAUAUAUACGCAGGCUCUAGGGCCUUAUCACGAAUAGACAUUCCCUUCUUCUUCACUCUUCAGAAUUCCUCCCAUGUAGUCAGUUACAUAAUCGCCCGCGCCGUCCACAGAGAGAAGACACAGCGGCUUAAAAUAAUCAGCGUUUGCCUCCUGCUGCUGUCAGCCGUCAACCUGCCCCUGUGUGACCCUCAGUUUGACCGCAGCGGCUACGUCUGGGCUCUGUGCCAUCUCUUCUGCGUCGGCGCGUACAGAGUGUUUCAAGUUCACAAGUCCACUAAUCUGAGUGACAUUGAACAGCAAUGCAUCAACUACUUGUUCAGCGUGCUGCUGCUGGGUCUUGCUGCUCACCCAACAGGUGACGUUACCGGUGCCUUGGAGUUCCCCUCCCUCCAGUCCCACACGUUUCACUGCGGCUGCUGCGCCAGUGCGUUGUUGGGGUUUUUGUUGCUGUUGGCCACGGUCAGAUUAAAACGUGGGCCGUCCCUCGAGCACUUCAGGGCUUGGGUUUUUCUGUCCAAGGUCACAGCCAUGCUCCUCUCGCCUUUGGUUUUCAACAUGGACUUUAACUCUGCGUCUCUACUUUGUGUGAUUGGCAGCCAUGUUGGAGAGGCACUGUUGCUGUAUUCGGACAGAGAAUCUCCACCAUAAAGACAAAAAACCUGCACUUCUUCGAGAGAUUUUUUAUUUCUUUUUCUAAAUGUCUUGUUUUCUGAUUAUCUGAAUAAAACUAUACAUGUA